CAUCAUUUUACCAUUUUAGGGGCAUAUCCUCAGCAACAAAGUUAUCCGACACAGCAGCCGACCAUGGCUCCGCCAAAACAAUGGCCCACUGCUCAAGCUCCUCAGGCACCACCUUACACCGAAGCUCCUUCAUCUUAUGCCGAGCUUCACCAGCAGCCAAGAUUUGUCCAGGCUCCACCUGGUUAUCCAGGUGGCUUUUAUGUGCCACCCACAAGCCAAAUGCAAAUGGGUCCAACUGGGGCAGCCAUGCCCAUACAGUACUAUGCAGUGCCACAAGUCUUCUCUCCAUCUUCAACUGUGUUCGUGAAGGAUGGGUAUGAUGCAGGUGCCAGGUUUGGGGCAGGAGCCACUGCUAAUAUUCCAGUAAGUGUUCUAAACAGUUAGUGCUAUGGGUAUGGUUAUGAGUUAUAGUGUGGCACAGUGUUAUCUGUGAUGAGGGUGAAUUGGUUGUAAUUUUGGUUUUACAAAACUUUCAGUUUCUGUAUUAU